AUGAAGAUGUUGUUGCCAUGGGAACUCUUAAUCCUGCUGUCACUCAAAGACUGCCUCGCAGAGAGGGCUAUUCAGCAUGGUCCUGUCUUUACUCAAGAACCCAGCGACAGUAUCUUCCCUUUGAGCACCGAAGACAACAGAAUAUUUAUCAACUGCAAAGCCAAAGGGAAUCCAACACCACAUUAUAGGUGGAAAUUUAAUGGAGGGGACCUGGAUAUCGACAGAGAUUAUAACUACAGCCUCGUGGAGGGGAAUUUGUUGAUUAAUAAUCCAGACGCCACCCAACACGGGGGAAUUUACCAGUGCAUUGCCACCAAUGCCUUUGGAACCAUCCUCAGCCGUGAAGCUAAAGUGCAGUUUGCAUAUCUGCAGAAUUUCACCGCUAAGGCCAGGAACGCCGUGUCGGUGAGGGAGGGCCAGGCCGUCGUUCUGCUGUGCGGCCCUCCUCCCCAUUUUGGAGAGAUAAAGUACUCGUGGAUAUUCAACGGUCGGCCCAGUGUUUUGGUGCGGGAUAACCGUCGUUUUGUGUCUCAGCGGACCGGGAACCUGUACAUCGCUAAGGUGGAGCCGUCAGACGUUGGCAACUACACGUGUGUGGUUAGGAACGUGAUGACCAAUGUCACUGUGUACAGCUCCCCAACCCCGGUCAUUCUGCGAAGGGACGCCGUGAUGGGAGAAUAUGAGCCAAAGAUUGAAGUCCAGUUUCAGGAGACUAUCGAGGUGGCCAAAGGAACAUCAGUGAAGCUGGAGUGUUUUGCCUUAGGAAAUCCAGUGCCUUCCAUCUCCUGGCGGAGAGCAGGCGGCACUCCCUUCCCUGGCAAGAUGAAAAUCAAUCACGCCAACGGUGUGCUGGAGAUCCCGUAUUUCCGGCCGGAGGACGCCGGCUUCUACGAGUGCGUUGCGGAGAACUCCAGAGGAAGGAACGUCGCAAGAGGACAGCUCAUAUUUAAUAAUGUUGAACACUUACACUGGGUGCACACACCGAAAGAUGCACACAUGGCUAUUGAUGGACAGCUGAUUUGGGAGUGCAAAGCUAAUGGUAAACCCAAGCCUGUUUACAGAUGGCUGAAAAACGGAGAACCCAUAGUCUCAGAGGGCAGAAUUCAGGUUGACGGGGGAAAGUUAAUCAUCUCUAAUAUCGACCUGUUGGAUUCUGGGAUGUAUCAGUGUUUGGCAAGGAAUGAGUACGGAGCCAUUUACGCCAGCGCCGAGCUGAAAGUCGUGGCCUCUCCCCCUGACUUCUCUAAGAGCCCGGUGAAGAAGUCCACGCUGAUUCAGAGAGGGGGCGAGGUGAUGAUCGAGUGUCGUCCGCACGCGUCCCCGCGCGCCUCCUUUACCUGGAGAAAAGGGAACGAGAUCCUUAAAGAUAACAAGAGGUGGUCCAUAUCAGAGGAUGGGACACUAAGGAUUACCAACAUUAGCAAGUCCGACGAGGGCAGGUACACGUGCGUGGCUCGGAAUCCUUUCGGAACGUCCAGCAGUUCCGGAACCCUGGUGGUCAAAGAGCCCACGAAGAUUACCAUCCCCCCGCUGAGCAUGGAUGCCACAGUGGGAGAGAGCGUGGUGCUGCCGUGUCAGGUGUCCAGAGACUCCACCCUGGAUCCCAUCUUUAAGUGGUUCUUUAAUGGGAAACUGGUGGAUUUCAGCAGGCACGAUCACUUUGAAAUGAUCGGAGGGGGGUCUGCGGGGGACCUCAUGAUCCGAAAUAUCCAGCUGAAACAUUCAGGAAAAUACGUCUGUAUGGUGCACACAGAGGUCGACAGCGUUUCCGCGGCAGCGGACCUCAUUGUGAGAGGCCCCCCUGGGGCUCCUGAGAGUGUGAGAGUGGAUGACAUCACAGACACCCGCGCUCAGCUCUCCUGGGCUCCAGGCACUGAUAACCACAGUCCUAUCACACGGUACAUAGUGCAGGCAAAGACUGCAUACUCUAUUGGCUGGCAGGCAGUCAAAACAGUGCCUGAUUCUGUGCCUGGACAGAUGUUACAUGCAACAGUGGUAGAUUUGAACCCCUGGGUGGAGUACGCGUUCAGGGUGGUGGCGGUGAACGGUGUGGGCAUAGGAGAGCCCAGCGGGUCAUCCAAACCUGUUCGCACCAAAGCAGCAGUGCCCGAGGUUAUUCCUGCUAAAGUGAGUGGAGGAGGAGGAAGCCGUGGAGAACUUGUCAUUUCGUGGGAGCCCGUUCCUGAAGAACUGCAGAACGGAGCCGGGUUUGGAUAUGUGGUCGCGUUUCGUCCUCUUGGCACUACGACCUGGAUCCAGACUGUAUUGGCCUCUGCGGAAGCUUCCAGAUACGUCUUUAAAAAUGAGAGCAUCCCCCCGCUCUCCCCGUUUGAGGUGAAAGUUGGCAUUUACAAUAACAUUGGAGAAGGCCCCUUCACUCCUGUAGUCAUUGCAUAUUCUGCCGAUGAAGAGCCCUCUGUAGCCCCAUCUCGAGUGUGGGCACGAACCCUGUCAGCGUCUGAAAUGGAGGUUUUCUGGGAGCCCAUCCCUUGGAAGGAGUCGAAAGGAAAAAUAACCGGCUACGAGGUCAUGUGGUGGGAGGAGGGGGGGGCGGCGGAGAGCGAUGCAGAGAAGUUAAGGGUGACGGGCAGAGCAGCUAAUAUCACGGGACUGAAAGGGAGCACAGUUUAUCUGGUGUCUGUCCGAGCUUUAAACAGCGCUGGGCCCGGACCUUCCAGUGUCCCCGUCAACAUCACCACCAAGAAACCACCUCCAAGUCAGCCUCCAGGCAACAUUGAAUGGAAUUUGACAAACUCAAAGAUUGUUCUCAACUGGGAACACGUGAAGGCUUUGGAAAAUGAAUCAGAGGUCACGGGAUACAAGGUUGUAUACCGUCAGAAUUGGCACAGGAAGAGCAGCGUGGUGGAGACUAACAGGACAUCAGUGGAGUUGCAGCUGCCUGCUGGAGAAGACUACCUCAUCCAGAUCAAAGCCCUGAGUGAUGGAGGAGAUGGGAGCAGCAGUCAUCCAAUCAGAAUACCAAAGAUGUCCAGUCUCAAUUCAAAGGCAGAUUCUGGCUCAGAUUUGAGCAAGACACUGUUCCUUCAGCCUGUGGUGUUUUUUAUAGUGUCAUCGUUGUUUUUAUAG